UGGCCGUGGCGGUGAUGUGGCGGUGGUGGCGGCGGUGCUGAUUGUGAACUUGAGUGACUGAGCGGCUUCGGUAAUUAGUCAAGAAGUCAGAACGUUACUAGGUGAAAAUACUGGAAAUUUGACUAAGUGUGGGGAAGACUAAUUAAAAGACAGGAAGGAAGGUUAUACAGGAAAAAUUGUCCCUGUUAUUGGGGUGAUAUGUGGUGGUGAUCGGGGUGACUGUGGUGAUUGUGGUGACUGUGGUGCAUGACCGCAGAGAGUCCGACAAUUAAUUUUCGUACAUACACGCACACCACCUAUCCACGCGCACACGGACACUUGAAAGAUGCACACACACGUGACUGUUGACCAUCGUGAAGGCGUGGUACAAGUGUGUGUGUGUGUGUGUGUGUGCGCGCCCGACAGGUGUGUGUGGAUGAGAAUAUGCAAACACCUGGGGAAAGAAAUCUGAGCAGCGACCUUAACUGAAGAAAAAAAAACGCCCUCCCCAUAAGACAGUUGUGUUGACCUUACUGGAGAAGACAAAAUAGAAAAAUAUACAACCAGAGCCACGAAGUAAGAACCAUCCCUAUAUAUAAUAAUACGAACAGCCCAAAAAUACGUCAAAGUGCAAGUGAGGGCCCGAGAUAAAAUUAAAUUCUAGAAAAUAUAACUAUGAAUACUAUCAUAACAAAACUAAACAAUUAUAUAGGCACACAAAAGGACGUCCGCCGGCCAGAAGCUGCACAGAUAGAGUCCGCCGGUGAAGGUGUGUCCGCUAAGCUCAUCCACAGCUAAGCCGGCCUAUAAAAUACACAAAUACACACACACACAUAAAUAUAAACAGUGCCGCACUCAAAAAAAAUCCCGCCUAAAAAAUCACGUAGAUACACUAAAGACGAAAAAAAAAACAGACAUGGACACGUGCACAAAAUAGCCAAAAAAGUGGAAAAUUGGAAAUGGUAAAGAGGCGAUGUGUGUGAAUAAUCGCGUGAAGGGAAGAGUGACACGCGAACACACGCACACACAUUUUUUUUUUUCGAGCCUUGCGCUAAUUAAGUAAUGCGCUGAACUAUAACGAGAAAAAAAAUAAAAAGUAAAAGUGAUAACAAACAUAUGCACCAACAAAAAAGAAAUGAAAUAAACAAGAAAUAAAUGUAAAAAAAAAUAAUAGCACGGAAGAUAUAGGUAAAUUUAUCUUCCCCACACACUCCAAAAAGACACUUAAAAAAAAACUACUAUGUCUCUAGAUAACCGAGGCGUGUUUGGCGAGGGUGGGAGGGACUGCGAAUGCCCGCCCGCCACUUCGCCGCACCCGGCGCCAGCCGCUGAGCCCGUGGGUGUGCGUGCGGGCGUGGGCGGCUCCUCGGGGCACGCACACCGCCCACACUUCUCCAUUAGCUCCAUCCUGGGUCUGGACACCACCACGCAGAGGCUGCAUCCCCGCGACCACAGCCCCACGCCCACCGCCCCCGCAUACACCCACACCCACGCGCCAACGCCCAUCUUCGCCAAACGGAGGACCCCCACGCCGCCCUUCACCCACGGGAGGCCGCCCACGCCCACGUACACGCACACCCGGCCCACCACACCCACUUUCGGGCAUCACCGGUCAUCCUCACCCGCCUACACCCACACCGGGUCAUCCACGCCCAUCUACACCCAUACGCGGCCCUCCACUCCCACCUACACGCAUUCCAGGUCCUCCCCGCCCACACACGCCUCCAGCAGGUCCCCGCCGCGCCCGUCCACGCCCACCUACUCCCUGUACCUGGGCGGGGGCAGCCAUGACGCGCCCUCGCAGCCGUCCACUGACCCCCACGCCCACGACAGCCUGCUAGAUGACAGCCUGGAGGACGGGGCAUCAGGGGACGAGGACGAGGACGAGGACUCCAGCGGGGAACCGGGCGUGGGCGGGGAGGACCACCCCCGCACACAUUCCCCCGACACCCACCACCCCUCCGCCUUCGUCCGCCCCACGCCCCUUCACCCACGCCCGGAUCUGGAGGGCGUGGAGGGCAUGGUCGGGAGUCUGGGGGGCGGCGCGGCGGGGGUGGGGGGCGUCGCGGGGGCCUUGGGCAGCCACCUCACCCACGGCGCCCACUUUCCCCCACUGUGGUACCCCCCGUGGGUCGCCGCCUUCAAGCCCAUGUUUGGCCUCCAAGCGCCCCGCCCCACAGGCCGCCGCUCCCGCAAGCCCGGCGUGGACCGCAAGCCCCGCCAAGCCUACAGCGCCAAGCAGCUGGAACGACUAGAGGCCGAGUUUAAGAUCGACAAGUACCUCAGCGUGUCCAAGCGCCUCGAGCUCUCCCAGGCGCUCUCCCUCACCGAGACGCAGAUCAAGACGUGGUUCCAGAACAGACGCACCAAGUGGAAGAAACAGAUGGCGGCCCGCAUGCGGUUGGCCCAGCGACAGGGACUCCUCCCCCCACACCUCUACCCAGCCCUCCCCCCUAUUCCCCCUGUCCUGAGCCCCUACUACCCCCUGGCGCCCCCCACCCAUGGCCACCUCGUCCCGCCCCCGCCCCUCCUCACCCAGCUCUCCCCCCCUGACCCUCCUUUCUCCUCAGCACAUGAUCCUGCCACAUCCUAGUUACUAACACAUCAGAAAAACGUUUAAAGAUCUGCCAUGUAUGUUUGCUUUCCUUCUCCCUCUCCAUCAAAAAUAUACAAAAGACGCCUCUGCUCAAGAAGCCACAAGAUUCUUUUUUUUUUUCCAAAUAUGCGAACAUCCAUUUCGUGAAAGCUGUACGUACGUGUAUGUGUGUUACAACAAAAAUUAUAGUAAGUGAAAAUUGUCAUCCUGAAAGUUUACCUAUUUCCCUCUCUCUCCUUCGGACCUUCAGCUUAUUUAAACACCGGCGGUAAACGGUGGUCCUAAACAUCUGUACAGACGCACCCACACCAGUCCACACGAGUCAACACCUUCUUCAGUCCACCCUAUGGAGACUGUCACAGGAGGUGGGGCUUCUCAAUAAAGUUUCGGGGCCGUUGCAAGUGACGCCACCAAGCAACUACUCCGAUUGAGGAAAAAAAAAUAUAGGGGUAACUUAAUUACCUAAUGGUAUCUAUGCGCCUUUUCUUUUCUUUUUUUCAGCUUGCCAUAUUAACCUAAUCACUGAACAAUGGUUUACGUACAAAGUAUAGAAAAUUAGUUCUCCAUUGGAAUCAAAAGUUAUCCAAUGUCUCAAAUACAUACAAAACAUGGCCUUAGGAUUUCUCGUUCAGCUGCCACAGUUGGUUAGACCCUAUUUUGAGCCAAGAGCAAAUUUCACGCGAGCUAAACACAGCCUUCCGUAAUGCCUACCUUGCAUAACACAUCACCACCAGCCCAACCAGCAACUCCCCUCAUGCCGAACGGAAGAGGAGGGAGUCACAUUGCAGAAAAGGCACAAGUAGCAGCAGCAGGAGGGGUUGUGUCGGUGAGGAAAGCACUUCCUCCUGGCAUUUGGUACAUCACACCAAUGGAGACUGGGUGGUCCGUUUUGAAGAGAUAAUGUGUGUAUUUGUCCGUGUCGGAGAGGAAUUAAGUCGGUCAUACCCUCACCCCUUACCUUUCUUUCACGGAGAUGCUUGCUGGGCUGUUGUUGUGUUAUGUAGGAUAACAGGCACCAUGAUAAGCUGUGUAGGGUUGACGCGAACUUUGCUCAGCUGUUUACAGUCGGUUGGGUAAAGAUUCGUAAGUUUUAUCAACGUUGCUCAAACUUGGACAAGAACUUUUUAAUUCUGGGCGUUUUUUAUGCUGUAUCAUGGAGGUAGUAUUUUUCUCCGGAAAUCAUUAAAUGAUUGACUUUUCAAUGCCUUUUGUGGACCCGCCGCCGCAGCCGCAAAAUAGUUCGCAGAGAGGUUCAACUUGGGGGACCCGUGGGAAAUCGGGGGUUUAGGGUGGGGGAGCAUAUUCAAACUACUCCAACCGAACUUAACAUAACCUAACCUCUAACGAAGGGGUUUCGCCCCCCUCGACCCCCCUCCUCAUGUGUAUGCGACUUAUUUCUGCGAGGAGGUAUUUCUCGCAACACCGGCUGGACCGUCGCCGACGCCGCCGCCAGAGGAGGCUACGCUUUCGUGAUUAUCAUCCAUUAUUUUCAACAAUAAAAAAAUAGUCCUUGAAUUUGAUUUAAAAGGUGUUUCCAUGAUUGUUGAACGUUUGUAGAAAAGAUAUAUGAAGAGCUAGUGAUGUGUCAUAAGGUAGGUAAUGAAAUACGUACUGGCACGUUGAUAAAACGAUUCUUAACCGUCGGUUGUUGUUCAAACUGAGGGCUGCGAUGCCGACAGCAGCACAAUGUCACCAAGUUGCCGUACUCUGCACAGUGUAUUUAGCCAGUUUCUUUCCCCUUCCUAAUGCACACACGCAAAUAAUGAUAUUCAAUUAUAUUUACUGUUAUAAUCGUUAAUUAUUGAUAUUUUUGCUAGUGGAAACGAUAUAUUGGUUUCUAAAAUUCAUCCGAUUUCGUAUUUUCAAAUGAUUAUCGCACGUCUAGAAACGAUGUUACACUGGUGCUGCCAUUAUGCGGGCACUCUUCGCAACUCCUGACAUCAAAUAUGGCGAAUAUAGCUCCAUCUCCUAUACAUGGUCUCCUUAGUCCACUACCAGCAUAUAAACAGCAUAGUGUACCACCUGCAAACACUCGAACUAUUACUUCUACAGCACAGCAAGUCUCAACCUGUCAUUCCACCUCACCACGCCCGAGACGGCGUCACCAGCUCAUGCCUCCGCCCGCUCAGUCCGCCACAAGUACCUACAGCUUACGAAUAGUCCACUGUAACCACAAAAACUCGAAAUAUUCUUAUAAUGCGGCAUGUCCCAGCCCGUCACUCAGCCUCACCACACCAGAACCCGCCUCACCAUGCCUCUGCCCACCACAGCCACCUACACCAACACUCAAAUAUUCCUAAACCACCUCACUCUGCAGCCUCUUAUCCAGUCACACUCCACCUCUGGCUCCACAGACAGCCUACUACACCCACACUAAUAAUUCUCUGCACCAAUACGCAUCACAUCAGGUUCGGCGUCCUGCCACCCCAAUCCAUAGCCUCCAAAUAGUCCACUACAUCCACAACCAUUCAACUAUCAUUACACAAGCACACUCCACAACCUGUUCCCCCGCCGCACCCCAUCAAAGGCUUACACAGUCCACUAUACCCACAGGAAAUGAUCCACAGUACCGCCAUACACCACAUCAUGUUUUCCCGCCACGGUAGGCUGAGUCACGUACGCCGCGCCAAUACACGCACCACGCUCUGAACACCCCAUACCAUACUUACUUGCCGCUGUACAUCACUCCUGCAUCAUAGCACAUCAUAGCAUCACCAGGACACCACAUCACACAAUAGGGGAUAAAUGUACAUGCUCCGGAAUGGUGUCAAGCCCUCACAUAAACCCAGUUACUCGAAAUCGCUUCAAAAAAUCCAAAUCGCUCUUCGAACACCUCAAUCUUCCGACUCACCACAUGGCGCCCCGAUGCAGCUCCGCCUUGCCCACCACCUGCCAAUCAAUCAAUCCUCACUUUUCACCUUCAUCCCCCUCAAAUCAACUAUUCAUGCAUGCCAUCCUCCUCCCUGGUGUCUUAAGUACCUUGGUGAUGGCUUCAGGUGUCGCCGCCGCUGCCUGGGACGCCGAUGGUGAGGGAUUAACGCGGAUCACUUCACCCAACACAUAACCUUACCGCCGUGGCCGCCGAAAAGGACAGGGCGGGGUUCCUAACCGAUAAGAUUACAUCACAUUUUAUUGUUUCCAUUAUUCUCCACUGUUUUAGAGAGGAAAAAAAUAAACUUGGGCCUCUUAAAAAAAAAAAAAAUUAUACACAUAUACAACAACGUUAUCUGCAAUUCGGAAACUAUCUACCAUCAACUUAGUUUUUUCCCUAUCAAGUAUCAACUGACUUAUAAAAUGCCCGAAUAUAUAAUACAAUAAUUUAGAUGACGCUCAAGAAUAACUUAAUAUAACUUAAAAAUAUAAAUAAAUUGGGCCAAAUUUAAAAGUGAGCUAUGAAUUGUAGGUACAGCUUUCACUUUAUACACACACACACACACACACUGGUUAUUAGCACACAAAAUACAUACACAGCCUAACAGAAGUCCAGUGAUAGGCUACAAAGGUCUCAUUUACCCAGUUCACUUUCUUCCUUGUUUGUAGAACAUUGAAUUAUGCCUUGAAACAUGCUUCAAAACUGCAGUACAGGCUUUAUUCAUAAGUGUAGAUGCUUAGGCUUUGACAUCUUCAAAACACGCAGAGACGCAAGUCUACUAGAAUUACCAUAACAACGGUCUGUUCUUCAAGCCUGUUUUUGUUUGACAGGCAGGAACAUUUCUGCAGCGGUGGCCAACUCAUUCUUCACUCCCCUUGAAACCCCACACACCGCUGCCGAGCUAAGGCCAGACAACAGUGUGUCUGGCGGCAGCUUUACUGUUGUCAACUUUUACUGCUUGUUAAUAAACUGACCUUGUCGUCGUGAGAUCUCAAUACCCUUUAGAAAAAGCAAUUUCUCAUCUCCAUGAGCUAAUUUCUUGAGUUCACUUAUUCCAUGAUCCAACUCUUUGCAAUAAGGAGUCAACAGCUAUCUCACAGCACAAAAUAAAUUACUAUAGCCUCAAGUAAGUAGUCGUAAAGCUAUUCCUUUUAGUUCACUGCUCACUGCGUCACUUUUUUUUUUUCUUUUCUGAACACAAUUAUGAAUCUUAAUUAUGUGUUUACUGCAGUCUGUUGCAGUCAUUUAUUCAAACUAGCAAAACAUUGAUAAAUAAACUGGAUAUUCCCAGCAGUGCCCUAAUGCUUAGAAGCUCCAGACUCACCUUGCAUGCAAAUUUCCUCCUGCAGCCUAUUUUGUUUAUUAAUCACCAACCUUCUUCCACACAUGAAGCAGAAUGUGGUUAUAUUAUAAGUAUCUAAUGCACCAGAGAUGUAACAUCUAUGGGUAGGGUUUCAGGGCCUAUUACAAACCUAUCUUCAUACCCACACCCUAAGAAAAUUUACCUAGUCAUGAACAGGUUUCAUGACAUGAUGCUCACAGCAGCACGUACAUGAACAUUACCCUCAUAACCACUCAUUUUACGUUAAUAUCCUCAUACUUAUUAUGAGGCUAGACAUUUGUUGAUAAUCCUCCAACCAUCUCUAUUAAGUGCUUCUUCAUUAAUACUAAUGGCUAGGACCUCCUCCACAUAUUUCUUUGGUCUGUCUGGUGGUACAUGAACACUCCAACACAUUCCCAUAUGUGUUGUAUCUCCAUUUCCAUACCCUGAAACAUUUCACAUGUGCAGUAAAUUUUUAUUUAUUUAUUUAUUUUUUUUGACUGCCAGGGAAAAGAAUUCACAUUUUCCCUACCAUACUUUCUGAUUGUUAUGGCAAACAUUAAUCUCCUCCAGCUGAACCAGACAACAGCAAGAGUUACAAGGCACUGGUGUUUAAAUUUAUGAAGCAGAGACCCUGGCUGGGGCUCAAAAUAAUACCUGACUAUCAGAACUAGAAAUUACAGUAAACCUUCCCUUUUAUGCACCUUGAUUUAACAAAUUUCAGCUUUAACAAACUUUUUUGCCUUUCCGGUAUGUGCAAGGAUUUACUGAACAAGUUCAGUAUUUGUGGGGCUAUGUCUGGAGUUGGGCUGGCCAAGCAUGUACAUUGUACAUACAUGUUGAUCAGCGUAACAUUAUGUCCAAUGUAUAACUAUUGUUUUAAUAUCCCUGUAUGGGUGUAGUAUCUGUGAUGACUGCUCGUAUGUAAGUGUAAAACUUUUAUCUAAUAUAAUGAACAAACUUUUUAUGUGAUGAAGUCAUUGGAUAUAGUGAACUUUCAGACUGUAUAACCAACAAAGUUCAUAUACCAAAAGGUCAGAUCCCUCAGAUUUAACAGAUUUUUGGAUAUAACAACAUCCCUUCCCCCUAAUUAGUUCGGCAGAGCGAGGGUUUAUUAUAUUAACUACUUCAAAUAUUAAACCUCUCCUGUUGAAUUAGGCAAGAGCAUGGAUUACAAAACAUUGCUGAAUAUAUUUUAGAAAAAAUAAAUAAAUAAAUAAAAAAUAAAAAAAAAGGCUGGAGCUCUAAACACAACCUAACUACCAGAACAGAAAUUACGAACUCCCACUGCACCACACACCCCAAUCCACCCUGUCAGGUCUGUUUACUUUCUAUCAUUACAUAAAUUAUAAACAACACUUUAAUACAGUAAAUGAAGUUGAAAUAUGAUACAUAAUAAGCUUGACUC